UUGAUCUUCUUCUAUCCAGUCCUGAAACAGCUGUAGAGGACGCAAACCACCGUGACUGCCUAGCCGCUGCAGCAAUUAAUUGUGUAUUAGACAUCCCUAGAAUCAUAACACUGCAGUUAUAGCGUCUCUCCCAGGGGAUUCUAAUUCCCUUUUGUUUUCUCAUAAACAAGGUAACUUCUAACCAUUCUGAUUCCCUUUUGGUAUUUAUAAGCUUGCAGGUUGUUCUAAUUGGAGCUGUUGAAUAGCAAAAAAUUUCUCUUAGGCCCAUGGGGAAACCUGGAAACACUACUUGUAGUCUGAACGUAUUGAGUUCAGGUGGUGUUGUAUUCUAUGUGACGUAAGAAUAGCAACAAACUAGUAGUGUGUGUGAGUAGACAAAUUGCUCCGUUCUCUUAAUUGACCCAGACGGUUUACGUUGAGUUCGAUUUUAAGGUAUUACAAAAUCGGUUAAGAGGUUUUCUUCUUGAUUAGGUUUGGAAUUGGAUCACCAGUAAACCGGCAUCGGCUUGGACUCUAGUAAUAACGCGGGAAAAAGAAAAGAAAACAAAAGGCUAUAAUUGGUUGAACUAAACCGGAUCGCCGACAUUUAGUAAGAUUUUCCUUUUUUUUUUUUGGAACAACAGAAUCGAAAUAAGAUUUUUCGUAUUUUAUUACCGUUUACGUAGAAUCCAAUCCAUCACUAAUUUGUUGACUUAUAUAUAUACUGAGAGAGAGAUCAGAGUCCAUCGAUCACUUUGCUUUGUCCACACGCUAAACAAAACAAAACAAAAAAAUCACUCUCACGAACGAGAGAAGAAUGGUGAAAGGUGGUACAAAGAGGAAGGCAACGAUGGAGAGGAUCACGAAACGCGAAUCUGCGGCAACGACUUUCACGAAACGAAGCUACGGUCUCCAUAGCAAAGUCUCGCAGCUCUGUCUUCUCACCGACGCACAGAUCGCCGUGUUGGCAACACCUCCUUCUUCCCACUCCAACGUCAGCUUCUUCUCCUUCGGCCACUCUUCGGUUGACUCCAUCGUUACCGCUUUUCUCACGGGAGAGAGACCUGCUGUCCGAGAAGAAAUAGAUGAUCACGAGGCCUUUGGGAUUUGUCUCGCUAGAAAAGAGUUAGGGUUGCCUCAGUGGUGGGAGGACGAUGCUCUUCUCAAAUCUAAGAGCCCCCAAGAACUGUCCCAUGCCAUCAACUCCAUGUCUAGUUUGUUGACCAAAAUCAAUGAGUUGCGUGCUGAAGACGCAGAGGCAGAGCCUCCUCUGAAGAAACAGAAGAAGAAGAACGAGGAGACAAUGAAGAAAACAGAACCCACUGUGGAACAAACCCUACUUCUCCCGUCCGAUUCCAGUGACAAAACCCUAGAUUACAACAACAACAACAAUGACUCGUUGGAGGAGAUUGAUUUUGAUCAACUAAUUGAUCUGGAUUUAGAUUUAGAUUUUGAUUUCGAGUCUAUGAAUUCUUCUGACAACAACGACGAGACGAUGAAGAUGACAGAGCCCUUGGAUCAACCGCUCCUUCUCCCAUACGAUAUUUGUGCCAGUCCAGACAACAACAACACCUAUUCAACUGGAGAGAUGAGCUUAGAUUACGGGAUUGAUAAGCAGCUUCAGGAGACUACUAUUGCAAUGAGCUCGGUGGCUUGUGAUGAUGGUGUCUCUGCUUUGAAUGAAGAUGACAUCAACUUCUCUGAUUAUCUCACUCAGUUUCUGCAGUCUUGAAGAUAACAACAGUAUAUGGUUUAUUAGUUAACUUAUCUGUAACUUGUUUGUCUUGGUUACUUUUUAACGUGUUUCACACUGAUGUAUGUAACAAAUGAAGGGUCUUGUUUGAUCUCUCAUCAAUUUUCCAUAUCGGUAUGGAAUUGAUUAGACUCAAACCGCUCACCUUCAGUUUUCGGAUUAAUGGUAGACUUUGUGUUCUGUGUUAUAUUUUUUGCAGUGCAUACGUCAUUCCAGUCCACAAUUAUUUUCUAACAGCUUAGUAGUAUCUUUAGAGUCAAACUCGGAACAUCUAAUCAAACAAACACAAAUUUUAAAUCUAAACGCCAACCAAACGAAAGAAAAAAGUCAGAACUCAUAAGUAAAGAAAGCUCCUACUACAAUAACAAAAUUUGUAGCUUUUCUUUAUAAAAGUCAAAGUCCAUAGUGAUCUCCUGUUUUUUUGACAGAGCAACAACAGCAAGUGAUGAUGAUAGUGAUCCGUUUUCCAGUUUGUGAUUGUGUCUGGUCCAUGAUAGACUAAAUUGUGAAGUUGGCGUGGCUUGGCAGCAUUUAUGUAUUUGUCUCAUUUUGAUUGGUUAAGAAAAACAAAACAAAUAAAAAUCAUCAUAUAACUAAAAUAAUAUUUUUGAGAGCUUUGGAUAAAAAAAGAGAAAAAAUACCAAUUUAUUUAGUGAUCUGCAGGAGAAAAUGGAAAGAGAGCAAAAACAUGCUGAGGGCCAAUGAAAUUAAUCUUUUUUUUUGUUUUCUUUCUUUUGUUACCUAUAAAUAUAUUCAUUUAAUUUGUUUCUUUCACUUUUAAAUCAAAUACUAUAUUUCAUCUCAAAAAUAAAUUUAAUAUAUUUUCCAGGUUUUCCUUUAUUAGUAAUUUAUUUUAAAAGAGUUUUAUUUAUUUUAUAAAUACGUUUAUAAAAAUUUAUGCAUAUGUAGAUUACUUUUUUAUAAAUACAUUAAUAGAAACUUAUGCAUAUGUAUAAUAAAUAAUUAUACAUGUUAUUUUUAUAUAAACUAAGAAUAUAUGCUCAUACAGUACUAAAGAAUUAUAUAAUAAUUAGUUAAGAAAACAUAUUUUAUUGUUUAUUUUUAUUACGGAUAAUAACUAACAUAAAUAAAAUAAUAUUCAAUUUAUGGUUGAGGAAAAUGACAUGAAAAACCAAAAUUAGAUACAAUUUUUUUAUGACUAACAUUAAAGAAACUAUUGAAAAUACAUGGUCAAACAAAAAUAUUUAUAUCAAUUUUAUUUUAAAAUUUUCAACAUUCAGUCAAAUAUGAUGAUUUAUUAAAUUAGUUUGAUCAAAACAUUUUGAUGGAUUCUCAACAACUCUUUUUAUUGGAAUUUUGUUUGGAAAUCAUCAAAACAAUUCCUUACAAAUACUUUAUGUUAAGAAUUCGUCAGGAUUUGUUUUUUAAAAUUAACCAAAAUAAAUUAUUAUUUUUUGUAAUUUUAAAAAUAAAUUUGUAAUUUUUGUUAAGAAUUACCAAAAUAUAAUUCAACUUUUAUAAUUUCUUUACUAAAAAUAUUAAAAGUUUUAAAUGUAAAAAUAACACAAUAUAAUAAUUUAAAUCCUUAACAAAAAAAUAAAUGUGAAUUUAAAAAAGAGUUGUAACAACGACAAUGAGAUUACAUAAUUUUUUAAAGAUUUCAAAUUUAUCUGGUGAAGAUUUUGAUCAUACAAUGACAUACAGAGAUGAGCAAACAAAAAUGAUCCAUAUUAUUUAUAUAUUUUCAAUUUCAUUGUAUGUUAUAAAAUAUUUACUUUUUAUAUAAUGUUUAAAUUUUCUUUGUAUUUUUAAAGUAAAUUGUUUAAUUAUAAGAAAUUGUAUUUUUAUAUUGGAUCAACUUACAAAUUUAAUUUUUAACAAUUGAUCAAUUAGGCUAAUUUCGAUAAAUUAGUUUACCUAGUUUGAUCCGUAUUUUCUGAUUGAUUUGUAUUUUUGUUUGAUCUCCGUACCAUUGGUGUAUUUACCAUUGAGAUAAAACCGAGGGAUGAAAAAUUCAACAUAAGCACAACCACUGCCGGCUCUACAGGUAUGCCAAUUAUGCCUUUUUGUACAGAAUCCUACUCUUUUUCAGUUUUUCUUUAUAUUUUAAAAGUCUUAAAGUUCCGUUUUCUUUUUCUUAAAAAGGUCCACAGUUUACAAAUUAAUAAACAUAGACUCAUAUAUGGUAUAAAAAAUUGAUAAUGCACAAGAUCCAACUAUAUUUUAAGUUGGGCCUGAGUAGAACUAGACGUUUAGAAGUAUCAAAUAAUAAUAUUGGAAAACUAAGUAGGAGGAAAGAGUAGAACAGAAAACUGUAUAUUAACAAACUGCAAAUCGAAAAAAAUAUUUCUUUUAUAUAUGUAGAGACAGAAACAUAUAUUAAUAUUUAUCUGAUAAAUACAUACUACGUUACAUGUUACAUAUGGUAAUCACCAAAAAGAGAUUCUCACUUGCACGUAAAAUGGAGAUAGAGAAACACGAAGAGUAAGACAAGAGGAAACACCAAGAUAAGUGGAGGAGAUGGUGGAGCCACUGGUCCCAUCAUUAGCGGAACGAACAACAAUAUUAUCG